GUGAGGGGAGUGAGGCAUCUCAUGGGUAGAUAGGUGCGCCAAUUUACAGCAUCAACUUUUCGUUGUUCUGUGUAACGCAGAUAAGUCUGAUUUAAGAAGAAAAAAAUUGAUAGCGAACACACGAAUAAUAGCCUGGAUUGGGAGUGAUAAGACAGAAACAUACCAAUCUAUUAUGCAAAUCACAUCGUUUGCGUUUCUUUGACAACAGAAGAAAGAUAAAGUUAUCUGAACUAUAUUUUUCUUCCAAGAUGCAGUCACCUAAUGGAAUGAAGACAAAAUGGAACCUGGGCGCCGCCGCCGUCCUGUUGCUGUCUGUUCUGUGUCCAGCCUCGGUGGACGGAGGCAAGGAGGAGGAAAUACUAAAGGCACUAGACGAGGCAGCAGCUGAGGGUUCUUGGGGAUACGUGCCCCUGAGUGGCCCGUACAUUGACGUCAAGCACUCUGGGAACAUCACCGCGCGGCUGGGAUCCACAGCCAUACUCAACUGCAGGAUUCUCUACAUCGUCGGAAAAGCGGUGUCUUGGAUGAGGAGCCGCGAUCUGCACCUGCUCACCGUGGGUCGCUUCACCUACACCAGCGACCAGAGAUUCAAGGCCGUGCAUCAAGCGGGCUCUCAGGACUGGUUGUUGAAAAUAUUUUACGUGCAGCUUCGCGACGCUGGCCAGUAUGAAUGUCAGGUGGGGACGACUCCUCCCUUGACACACAGCAUCUGGCUAUCCGUGAUGGAACCAGAGACGGUGGUGUUAGGUGGGCCAGAUCUGUACAUCAACGCGGGGUCUGCCAUCAACCUGACGUGUUUGGUGAAGCACAGCCCAAAACCCACACCUUACAUCUUUUGGUAUCAUGACGAAGUGAUGAUGAGCCUCGACUCUGGCCCAGGAGUGAUCGUAACUGUAUCCUCGGAAAAUGAUCACGACACCAUUUCUCGGCUGCUCAUUCGCUCUGCAGCACCUCGCAAUUCAGGCCAGUAUAAAUGUGUGCCAGCCACUGCUCCCCCGCACUCCAUCACCGUCCACAUCAUCAACAGUGAUAAACCGGCAGCCAUCCACCACAAGAACACCACUUCCAACUCCUCGUCAGGGAGUGGUUCAGGCCACAUGCCGUCAGUGUCCUUGCAGGUUUUUCUGGUGGGUCUCCUUCCACUGACUUUAACCAGUGCAGUUAGUGACUUCAUCGAAAUCCUCAUUGGAACAGUGGCUUGGUGGCGGGUGUGGACAACAAUGGCCCGGCUGGGCAUCUGUCGGUGGUGGCGAAGCGUCUGGUGGUGGCGAAGAGCUGCCACCUCACCAUCGUGUUGUUUCAUAAUCAGAUAAAA